CUCUCUCCGGCUGCUCCCGACUCACUUCUCACUUCAUCCCCGUGUCUGUGUCAGCGCGGAGAGGGAGCUCGUCAUGCUGAGGAACGGCACGUACAGAGGCAUUUACCAGGGGGAGGAGGCGAGGCUGCGCAGCGGGGCUCUGGCUGUGGCUCGGGAGAGAAAACACCUUGCUUUGUGCAUUAAUAACCAGGAUGAAGUGAAGAGGUACCAUCGCUACUGCAACCACAGCGGAGGGCAAGCAGUUCCUAAGGUGGAGAGAAACCGUCCCCAAAAAAGUGAGGAAGAGGAUGACAACAAUCCUCAUCGUCGUGAGCAACAGGAGCACCGGGAGAAUAAGGCUAUUGUGAUUCAGCGGGCCUGGCGUGCGAGCACAUCCCGCAGAGGAAGCUGGCAGGGACAAGGCAAGAACUGUACCAGCAAUCUUAAGGAUGAGACGAUGACUUCGGAGAGCCUCCAGGACCCUGUGACUACCGCCAACAUUUCACCGGAGCAGCUGAAGAGCCUCCAGAUUGGCUUCAAGCACGUCAAUGAUGGAGGUUUCCUGCUGCAGUGUAAUCAUCUGACCAUGAACCUGGACAACAACAUCAAUAUCAACAUGCCACCAGAUGAAACCAAGGUGUUGAUCAUCCAGCGGGCCUGGCGGGACUUCCUCCAGAGGCAAGAAGUGGAGAAGAGGAGCCCCUCUCCUCCCUCCCUCUCCUCCUCAGACAAGAUGAGCAUGUCAAUCAGCAUGACGACCCUGUCGGACGGCAGCACACCUGAUUACCGGGAGGAUGGCAUGGACCUGGGGAGUGAUGUAUCCAGUCGCUCCAGCUCAGAGUCCAACUCCAACAAGGUCACACCGUGCUCCCCAUCUCUUGACCUGGCCACCUUGGAGGACUACAAAUCCUCCCCCUCUCUGGACCUGGUCACCUUAGAGGACUAUGAGGAGGACGAGGACUACCAAGAGUACAAGAAGAAGGUGAUCGAGGAGUGGGAGAGCGAGUACGGGGAGGACUACACCUCUCCACAGCCUGCUGGUCAGGAGGAAGGCGGCGGGGGAAGCGGUGUGGGGGAUGAAGGCCUAGGCGAAGGCUACAGGAAGACAGUGAACAGUCGGAGCCUGGCUGAAGAAUUCCAGGAUGUGAAGUCUGUCCCGCCCCUCCCGGCCCCCAGCAGACGCACUGCAACAUCGGUCGCAGCCGUCCCAGAUGAACUGAAACAGAACGGCAAUCUGAUUUUGCCCAGGAGCAACCAGCUUCACUCUCCCAGUGAACCAAAGGGGGGAACAGGGACUCCUAAACCUAGUCGCCGCAGUUCCAGUCAAGGCAGGGGGAGCCGCAGCACUGGAGGAGGUGGUGGAGGAGGUGGUGGAGGAGGAGGAGGAGGAGGAGGAGGAGGAGGAGGCAGUGGAGGAACUGGGGGGCGAAUGGGGGGAUAUAAAGAGGAGGAGAGUGCAGAGGAGGAACCUCUGCCCACCAUGGACUGGGCAGCCCUGGAGAGACACCUGGCCGGGCUUCAGUGCAGAGAGCAAGAGAACCAAAACCUCAACCACAACCAGAACCACAACAUGGGCAAGACCCACUACACCUCGGCCCAAAAGAAUGAGAGGGAGUCUAUCAGGCAGAAGUUGGCCCUGGGCAGUUUCUUUGACGAUGGACCCGGCAUCUACACCAGCUGCAGCAAGAGCGGCAAACCUAGCCUGUCCUCACGGCUGCAGAGUGGGAUGAACCUACAGAUCUGUUUUGUCAAUGACAGCGGCAGCGACAAGGACAGUGAUGCAGACGACAGCAAGACAGAGACCAGUUUGGACACACCUUUGUCUCCCAUGUCCAAGCAGAGUUCGUCUUACUCGGACAGGGACACCACUGAGGACGACUCGGAGUCUCUGGAGGAUAUGGACUUCCUGAGUCGACAGAAGAAGCUGCAGGCGGAGGCCAAGCUGGCUCUGGCUAUGGCCAAGCCCAUGGCCAAGAUGCAGGUGGAGGUGGAGAAACAGAAUCGAAAGAAGUCUCCAGUGGCAGACCUGCUUCCACACAUGCCUCACAUCAGCGAGUGUCUAAUGAAAAGAAGCCUGAAGCCCACAGACCUGAGAGACAUGACACUGGGGCAGCUGCAGGUUAUAGUCAAUGACCUUCAUUCCCAGAUUGAGAGUCUGAAUGAGGAGCUCGUACAGUUGCUUCUGAUUCGGGAUGAACUACACAUGGAGCAGGAUGCCAUGCUGGUCGACAUAGAGGACCUCACCAGGCAUGCUGAGAGCCAGCAGAAACACAUGGCAGAGAGGACCCUCUCAAAAUAAGAUGCCGGUCCCUGCUCCACCCUGCUCCCCUGUGCCAAGCUGAAGCUCCCGCUCCAAACCAGACUUUUCCCCCUCUGGCUCAUUCCACCCCUGCCCUGUUUCCAUCCAAAUCCUGCCCGCUUGUCCUGAGUGCUCUGCUCCUCGCUGCGUCCCCGGCGUCUCCCCAUGUCUACCUUCCCGUCAAACCCACUGACUCCUAUUGUGGCAGCAGCACAGGAGGAGGAGGAGGCCGCCCCUCUUUCAUUUGCUUCUGUGGUUUUCUCCCAGCACCAAGGACGAAGGAGCACUGCCUGCUCCCUGGGAGAAGAGGAAACUGAUUGUGUGUCGUCAUGGAUUCUGUCCCCAGCUUCCUGUGCAGUGAUCGGCCUUGCUUUGCGAUUGUUUCUUUUUAACUUUCUACAUUCGCCACUAAAUUAUAACUGUCAAAUGCAAAAAAAAAAUAAAAAAUGUGGGAAAAAAUAAAAUAAUAGUGAAAAAUUUAGUAGAAAGUCAGUCAUGAGAAAAAAAAGAAACAUUGUAUUGAAAAAAAAGAAAAACGGUGGAAACUAACUUCUUCAGACCAUUUUAAGUUGGACGGUAAUUUUCAAGUAUUUCAAAGUCGACCUGUUUUUAUUCUGCACAAAUGGUAGUUUUCAACUGAGAGAUGUUUAUUUGAAGGUGCUAAAAGAGUGUAAAAGGAAACAUGCCUGCCUUGUAGUGGAGUCGUAGCUUUUGGUAAUACGUUCACUCUAAUUGCUCUUCAACAUUUUGUGAAUGUUGAUUCUCUGACACGAGUCAUUUUAAAUGAAUAAGUGUGUUAAUAUUGUUUUCAUCCUAUUGUAAUCAGAAACUUUAUUUGAGGGAAGAAAUGUUUAUGUACAGAUAUGUAAAAUAAAGAAUAAACUUUGUUUCAUAUA